AUGGUGACCAGCGGCGCGCUCCCUGUCGUGGACCUGGCGCCUUUCUUCACGGGGGACGCCAGCGGCAUGGCCCGCGCCACGGAAGCCAUGCGCGAGGCGUGCCGCACGCUCGGGUUCUUCCGUGCCGUCAACCAUGGGGUGCCUGCCGAGCUCAUGGCGAGCGCGCUGGAGGUGUCGGCCUCUUUCUUCGCGCUGCCGGACGAGGAGAAGGCCAAGGUCCGGCCGGCGGAGGGCUCCCAGGCGCCCCUCGCGGCUGGUUACGGGCUGCAUCCGGCGCAUCUGGUGGACAGGUACGAGUACGUGAGAGUAUGCCAUCCUCGGCACGAGCUCAACCUCUACUUCCCCGAUGAGCCAGCCGGUUUCAGAGAAGCAAUGGAGGAGUGCUACGCCAAGCUCACGGAGCUGGGGCUUCUCAUCCAGGACAUCCUGAACGACUGCAUGGGGCUGCCGCCAGGCUUCCUCAGGGACUUCAACAGCGACCGCGGCUUGGACGUCAUGGUGGCGCUGCGCUACUUCCCGUCGACGGAGCCGGAGGAGAAGAUCGGGCUCAGCGAGCACGAGGACGGGAGUUGCAUCAGCUUCGUCUUCCAGGACGGCGUCGGCGGCCUCGAGGUCCUCAAGGACGGGCAGUGGAUCCCGGCGGAGCCCGUGGAGGGCAGCAUCGUCGUCAACAUAGGCGAUGUCGUGAGGGUGCUGAGCAACAAUAGGCUGAGGAGCGCGACGCACAGGGUGGUGAGGAAGCCGGUGCACAGGCACUCUUUCGGCUUCUUCUGGUCCAUCCACGGCGACAAGUGGAUCGAGCCCCUGCCGGAGUUCACGGCCAAGGUCGGCGAUGCGCCGGAGUACAGGGGUUUCCAGUACAACGAGUAUAUGCAGCGGUUUAUGAAGAGCAGGACUGAUCCGCAGUGCAGGCCCGAGGACGCCUUCAGCGUCAGCCACUAUGCCAUCUAA